CAUUGCCAAGUCUGUACUCGAUCUCGGAAAAGUCCGGACGGCAAAUCAAUGUUCCUCAUGUUAGAUGUAAAUUCGCUCCCUGGGUUCCCAUCAACAUCACGCUGCCGAGGGGAAUCAGAUUCCCGGUGCGUUAUUUUACUAGGGAAAAUAUCAGAGAUCGAGCUGGCGGUCCAAACUCGGAGCUAUAACGAGAUAUUGGUACUGAACGAAUCCUGGUGGCGGCAGUCCAGCAAUUGGUGGGUAAUGGGGAGCUACAAGCACUGCCUCUUCUUCACUCGGAAGCUCCGGCGGAAGGUGGCCUUCGAGCCCGACACCGAUGGCGGCAACCACAUGGGGCCCGACGAUCUCCUCUGCUUCCUCGCCGAGGCCCAGGGCGAGGCCGGCGCCACCCUCGCCGACGCCAAGCUGAUCGUAGACCGGGUCCGGCUGCUCCACUACCUCCACCACCUCCUCGGCCGCCCACUCCUCACGCUGGUGGACUUCCACAGCCGCUACCUCUUCUCCGACGAGCUCAACCCACCCAUCCAGGCACAGGUUCGCCAAGAUAUGACUGCUCCAUUGUCUCAUUAUUACAUGUACACAGGCCAUAAUUCAUACUUGACCGGAAACCAGCUUAACAGCAAGUGCAGUGAUGUCCCAAUCAUAGAAGCGUUGCAGAGAGGUGUCAGAGUAAUUGAGCUGGAUUUGUGGCCAAAUUCUGCAAAAGAUAAUGUUAAAGUUUUCCAUGGAAGGACACUGACAAAACCAGUGAAACUCAUCAAAUGUUUGAGGUCCAUUAAAGAGUAUGCUUUUUGUGCAUCGGAGUACCCUGUUGUGAUAACUCUAGAGGACCACCUCACCCCAGAUCUUCAGGCUAAACUAGCUGAUAUGAUCACUGGAAUAUUUGGAGACAUGCUUUAUUACCCCCAGACAGAAACUCUUGAGGAUUUUCCUUCUCCAGAUGCUCUUAAGAAGAUGAUCAUUAUUUCGAGUAAACGGCCUAAGGAGAACAACUCUCAAAAGGGAAAGGUAACAUCUGAUGAUGAAACAUCGGCAACAGAGUUUACAGAACAAAAACCUGAACUCGAAUAUGAUGAUAAGAAUUCAGCACCUCAAUACAGACUACUUAUCACUAUUCAUGCUCAGAAACCUAAAGGCCGGCUGGGAGACUCGCUAAAGCUGGAUCAUGACCAAGUAAAGCGGCUUAGCUUGAGCGAGCAGGAGUUUGUUAAGGCAGCAGCAUCCCAUAGAGAUGAUGUAGUAAGGUUCACUCAGAAGAAUUUGAUCAGGAUAUACCCGAAAGGUACACGUAUUACCUCUUCUAACUACAAACCUUUGCUUGGGUGGCGGCAUGGUGCACAGAUGGUUGCAUUUAACAUGCAGGGACAUGGAAGAUCUCUUUGGCUGAUGCAUGGAUUUUUCAGAGCCAAUGGUGGUUGUGGUUAUGUAAAAAAGCCUGAUUUCUUGCUAGAGGCCAAUCCAAAUGGUCAGGUAUUUGAUCCCAAAGCAAGAUUACCUGUGAAGAAAACCUUAAAGGUUAAAGUAUAUAUGGGAGACGGAUGGCGCUUGGAUUUUAAGCAUCUGCAUUUUGAUGUCUAUUCCCCUCCAGAUUUCUACAUGAAGGUAGGGAUAGUUGGAGUGCCAGCUGAUACCAUGCAGAAGAGAACGAGAACGAUAUAUGAUGAUUGGACACCAGUAUGGGAUGAGGAAUUUGGUUUCCCAUUAACUGUUCCAGAACUGGCUUUGCUGAGUUUCAAAGUCCGUAAGUGCAACACGCCCCAGAAUGACUUCGGCGGACAGACCUGCCUGCCUGUAUUAGAAUUGAGGCCGGGGAUCCGAGCCGUGCCGCUCUAUGACCACAAGGGAGUAAAGCUCAAUUCUGCGAAGUUGCUCGUGCGUUUCGAGUUUGUCUGAGACUGCAGCGGAGCUUUGUUGUCUGCUGGACUUCCCCUAACCAUGAAAUUAUACAACUUUGUGUUAUAACUUUGUGCAGUUUGCUGCAGAAGCUGUGGUUUGUUGGAUAUCAUUGAGGAGGGUUUCAGACUAUAACAUGCAUUCCUACAGUUCAGUGGACAUCUAAAUGACUAUGAUAUUAGUAAUUUUGUGAUUUAGAUCUUGUACAUGGUGAAAGAAGAAUAAUACUCAUGACAGCAGCAGCAACAGUGAAAUGCUGCUAUGAUUCCCAUUCAAUUUUUUUAU